GAACUGGGCUCUUCUUGAACUUCAUAUGCAUCGUCAUUGAUCAGGCUCUCUUCAAGGCCUCCGAGCGCGAGAUUUUUCGGCGAAAUUCUCUGGAAUGUGCAUUGGCAGGUACUAGUUUUGCAGAGUACAAAGAUGACGUACGAAGCAAUAUUGGCGAGGAGUUUUAGCCGGUACGAGCAGAGGAAGCUCAGAUAUGGAGCGCUUAUUGGGUGCUUGCUCAUUUUCUUGAGCUUCUUCACUGUCUUCAAGCCUUACUUGGGUCCUUUACCAAUUUUGAACAUGCGGUUGUCAAUGGGCAUUGCUCAAAGGAUGUUUGCGACCAAGGAAACAGAGAGUUCUCAGAAGCAAGAGAUGAUCACUGUUGCACAAAAGGCGACCGCGAAACCGGAGCUGCUGCCCAUUUCCACUAGUCACCAGGAAAAUGUGACAACGAAACCGGAGCUUCGACUCAAUUCCACAUACCCCAAAGAAAAUGAAACAAUAACGAAACCAGAGAUACUGGUCAAUUCCACAGAUCGCCAUGUUGUGAAAAAUGCCAGCAUGGAAGCCGGUCCAGAGGUACUGCUGAAUAACACAGAACGCCCAGCAGUGGAAAUUGAGGAAUCAGUGCCGCUGAAUUCCACUGAUCACCAGGAUACUUCAUUGUCUAUAGCAGAGAACGUGAUGCGGAAAAGAGAGCCGCUGUGCAACAUUCUGAAUCCAAGAACAGAUGUAUGUGACAUCGCUGGUGAAGUUAGGGUCCAUGCCAAAUCGUACACAGUCUAUGCCUCUUCCCCUGAAAUGGCCACUCAGGAUGAUGGACACACCUCAUGGAAGGUAAGACCGUACGCGAGAAAAUCCGACCGGACAGCAAUGAGCUCGGUCACGGAAUGGUCCGUGCUCCCCGCAUCUGAGGGCCGACGCGAAAUUCCUAAGUGCACCCAAAACCAUUCUACCCCGGCCAUCCUUUUCUCGGUCGGUGGAUUUUCGGGGAACCACUUCCACGACUUCAGCGACAUCUUAGUCCCGCUCUACCUGACAGCAAGGCCGUUUAACGGGGACGUGCAGUUCCUCGUGACCAAUUACCGCUCCUGGUGGGUCUCGAAGUUCAGAGCGAUCUUUCAAAACCUUUCCAAGUACCCGGCCAUCAACAUCGACCAGGAAAAGGAACAGGUGCAUUGCUUCCCGAGCGUGAUUGUGGGGCUCAACCGCCACGACGAUUUCAAAAUCAACCCUUCCAUGCCUCCCCACACAACAAUGAGUGAUUUCAGGGAUUUCCUGAGGACCUCCUACUCACUAAAACGGAGCAAAGCAAUCGAAUUGCGGGCCGGAGACCCUCGAAAGCCCCGACUCCUGAUCGUAGCACGGAAACGUACGAGAUCCUUCACGAAUCCCGCAAGGAUCGCGAAGAUGGCCAAGGCCGUGGGGUUCGAGGCGGUGGUGGCGGAGGCGGACAUGAACGUGCCGCGGUUCGCCGAGCUCAUGAACUCGUGCGAUGCGGUGAUGGGGGUCCACGGGGCGGGGCUGACCAAUAUGGUGUUCCUACCGGACAACGCAGUUCUGAUCCAGAUCGUGCCAUUGGCGGGCGAUUGGCUCUCAAGAACAUACUUCGGCGACCCUUCAAGGGACAUGAACCUGAGGUACCUGGAGUACAAGAUUGGCGUGAGAGAGAGCACGCUGCUGGAUCAAUACCCAAUUGACCACGUCGCUCUGAGAGAUCCACGCGCGUUCCACAAGGGCAAAUGGGACGAUUUCAAGAAGAUUUACCUGGACAACCAAAACGUGAAGCUCGAUGUCAGGAGGUUCAGACCCACUUUGGGAGAAGCCCUCCGGCUUCUGCAGGAGCAGAGGCAUUGAGCUCAUCUUCUUUACAUGCAAAUCCUCUAUCGUUCUUCUUCUGGGGGGGUCUCUUGCUCAGUGGGCCUUCUGCAUGUAAAUUGAUACACGUUCGAGUUCUCUGUCUUGCGUUGGGUAGGCGAUUCGGGGGACGGUUGUUUGGACACUCUGUUGCUUAGCGUUAGGAAUGUCAAAGAAGCCAGGGGAAGAAAUCUUUGAGCUUCUUUACCAAAACGAGAUUCUUUCUUGACAAAUCAAGCUUCUUGUUUUUU